GUUGAUUAUUCCAUUGUACUAUGGCGUAUGUGCGCGUGUAGUUCGCCGUGUGUCGCUUUACCAGCAGUUCCCCGCUCUUGGGUAAUGUUUUGUUCAGAGCGUGCUCAUCUUUAAAGAGUGUUCGAUUUUAUCUCAUAUUUAGACGUACGUGGCGCAAUGAAUUAAAAAUCACAAUAAUAGUUAAAAUACUCACACAAAUACAGGCGUCACACCGAGGGGGGUAGGUUGAGAUCCGUCAUCUGCCAUCACCUGCUAGUACAGCACGAUCGUUCUCCCCUACGGCACGCCGGAGGUUAAUACCGGUGAUCGGUACAUUGAUGCUCACCACGAUGUUGAUGCUGCUGAUUGCGUUCCAUUGCGCUUGGAGUCUCCUCCAACACCCCCAAACUAAUCGGCCCAUCCAUCGAAGAUUCUUCGAACGUUCUCUGUCCUACUCGCACCCUUAAUGGAGCGAAGAUUGCAAUUGGACCCUAGCCGGAUCCUAAUGGCCGUGGCGUGCGGUCGCGAUCCUAGGCGCACCGUCACGCCACAAUCGAACACACAAACACACAAACAUGUACUUCAUCGCAUUCGAUUCGAACAAUUUCCUCUCGCGCACUCGGGAGGGUGCGCAUCGGAAAACCUAAUUUUGUAGUGCUGCUCCAGACGAACGGCAGGCAGAGUUUCAUCAUCCAUCGAUCGAUCGAUCGGUGUUGUCGUCGUCGUCGUCGUUGCAAAUCGUCGCUGCGGUUGCGACAUCAGCGCAUCAGCUGUAGUUCAUGGUGCCCAAAACUGCUCGUAAGCUCCUAUCAGCUACUGGCGUUAGUGUUGACGUUUGAGAAAUAAAAAAAAAACAACAACGAAGAAAGCUCGUCCCAGUAGUCGUAGCCUAGACUAUCACGAUUCAACACAGAACUGAGGGUGUAAGAAGAGGAUCCAAACGUAAGAAAGGGAACAUUUUAUGCACUGUCGUCAGUUUUAUGGUGUAGCUGCAGCUCCGAAGAAAAAAAACACACUCACACACAAAAUACUCAAUUAGUGCUUUCCCGGUGCUGUUAAUGGUGGUGUAGUAAUUUGAUAGUAGUGUUUGGCCAAUUUUGGCAUCCUACCUGUUGAGCGAUUGCGCAAAGCUCGUGCUUCCUGUCUGCUUUCCUCUCUCUUUCCCUUCUCUCUAUCCCUAUGAUUUGUGCCAUUCACGAGAUUCGAACACAAUUCGUAAGAAGUUCUACCCAGCAACGCAAAAGCAAGAUGAACCUGUUUCCAACAGUCGCCUGUAUCUGGCUCGUGAUACACCUUUACGUUCUGCUGACAGCCGGUGAACACUUGGUCGAGUUCGUGUCAAAUUACCAACAGAAUGCUGAGAUUGAUUAUUCAUUUCGGUACUACAUCGAUCAUCCUCCUUCCGGAGUGUCAUUUGAUCACUGGGAAAAUCGGAAGGGUGAUCACGUCCACGGUGGUUACGGUGUCCUGGAACCUGGAGGAUUCGUACGUACGGUGCACUAUGAGGUCGAUGGCGAUAGUGGCUUUAAAACGGUUAUUAAAACAACAGCCCCAGGAAGCUCACAACAGUACAACAUACACACGGGAGGAAGAAGGACACCUCCUCCACAGCCGCUGUGGAACACUAAACCGGUCGCCUUCGUGCAGGGAGUUCAUAAAUCGUAGUCAGUACCUUGGAUGAGACGAAAAUACGGUUCGAUAGUGUUCCAGAAAUGGUGCACACGCGAUCUAUACAUUCCUUUUGGAAGUGCCUGCAAUUGCAUAACAAGAAACAGAACCAACUCCAUAGUUUUACCACAAAUCAACACUUUAAGCAGGCGAAACAGUUUGACUUUAUCCAUGUCACAUCAGCCAAUGUUAGGUGAUAAGUUGUGUUUAUGUUUUCGUGCUAAUAAAUUAGCAUUUUUACCAAUGCUCCAAACGGAAACUGUGAAUGAAAUCAUUAUGUGUUGAUUAUAUGCGCGCUGCAGGAAGUUCGUCGAAUAUCAAUUAUCACUGAAGACUUUUAUCGACCAACGAUGAUUUACGCUCGUACACUAUGAUUAUGAGAAGAAUGGGUAAAGGUCAUUUAUUUUAUGAUUUAUGAUAGAGGUGGUACUAUUGUUGGUUAUUUUUAAGAGUACCUUGAAGAGUAGUGGUGAAGAUAUGCUUAAUUUUGUACAGGUUUAUUUCAUAAAGAACAAGAAUGAAUGUAAGAACAAAUGUCAAUAUUAAUUACGUAUGAUUCGUCUAAGAAGUUCAGUUAGUAAAGCUUUUUAUCGAAGAAGAUGUUUAGUAAAAUAGAUCAUAGCUUUGAAAAUGAAUAUGAAGCGAAUGAAAAAGUUAAUGCAACUUUUAUUCUUCUAAUUUCAAUUCGGGCUAAUUCAUCGACGACACUCUAAUAAAUAUACCUCUGUCGUUUAAUUCAUUUUUUGUAUAAAUAGUCUUUCUGUAAUGAGAUUUCAUUAAAACUUCAGCUUAAUUUAACGAUCGAUUAAAUGUGUUUAUGAAGGUCCCAGAUGAUUUUGCAAACGAAACGCAUUGUUAAGAGGACAGCAAACAGCAAACUAUAAAUACAUCCCCAUUCGAUUAGAUCGGAUCAAGUUUUUGCACUAUUCAUCAUAAGCCUCAAUUCACCAUGAUCUAACGAUCAAUAGACAUUAAGUUCAAGGACAAAACGGUUACCGAAACUGGCCCGAGUUCAAUCAACUGCUUACGUAUGAUAGAUCGAUUGAUCGAUAGUACGAAGUGAGGCGAAGCAACAUUAAACCCUCCCCAAACUACACCAACGUUGAAAUGGGGUUGAACGAAAGUGAACGAUUGCUAGCAACACGUACGGACCUCCAUCAACAAAAGCUUCGUAGUGAUCAAAGCUCUUGAUGGUAUAAAGCUCGAAAAGCUUCGAUGUUUGGUUUAGUACAUUUUAUAUCAGUUCAUGCUUGCUGUAACACAGCUUGAAUAAGCUUAAAAUGGUUAGUACAAACUGUCGUUUGAAAUUAAGGGAACAAUCUACAGAUUAUAAGUCUUUCUAUUUUCUAGCUUACUAUUUAAUUUUAUUAUGCACUUUAGCUGUUUGAUGCCUAACGAUUUCAAUAAACCUUAAAACCAUGGUAAAAGUGCCUUAAGCAAAUGGGGUUUUUUAUUUUGUUUUUGUUUUUUUCCAAAACUAAAGAAUAUUGAUUAAAUUGAAACUGGUC